AUACGUGCGACAGAAUGAGGGGAAAGGUCUCCGGAUACUUACGUAUAUCCAUUUUCAGAAACUAGCCACUGAAGGGUAGAUGAGGGCACACUUUUAGAACAAUGAAUAUCAACAGACUUAUAAUUCUUUCCAAAUCUGUCAAAUUUGGAAAGAGUUUGCUUACAUCUAAUGCACGGCAUACUGGAAAACAUAUCACCUUGUGGUUGCGUCCUCAUCGAACCUUCAAAACAAAUGCAAGGAAUCUUGCCUACGCAAAGGACCUGUUCCUUGGAAAAGUAAAUAAAGAAGAGGUGUUCCCGUAUCCAGAGAUAGGAAAUGAAGAAUUGGAGGAGAUGAAUAUGUUUGUUGCACCAGUAGAGAAGUUCUUCAACGAGCAAGUUGAUUCAAAGAGAAUUGAUCAUGAAGCCAAGAUUCCACCAGAGACCUUGAAUGGGUUGAAAGAGCUUGGGCUGUUUGGGAUCCAGGUGCCAGAGGAAUAUGGGGGACUUGGCCUGUCCAACACCAUGUAUGCUCGCCUCGGAGAGAUAAUCUCCUUGGAUGGCUCCAUUGCUGUAACACUAGCAGCCCAUCAAGCCAUUGGUCUUAAGGGGAUCCUGAUUGCAGGGAGUGAAGAACAAAAGGCUAAAUAUCUACCCAAACUGGCCUCAGGAGAGCAUGUGGCAGCUUUCUGUCUCACUGAACCUGGAAGUGGAAGUGAUGCUGCCUCUAUACAAACCCGUGGCACUCUGUCUGAAGAUGGGACACAUUACCUUAUCAGUGGUUCCAAGAUUUGGAUAUCUAACGGGGGAAUGGCAGAUGUGAUGACCGUUUUCGCAAGGACAGAGGUGGUGGACAAGGAUGGUGUGAAGAAGGACAAGAUCUCCGCCUUCAUUGUGGAGAGGGCCUUUGGAGGGAUCACCAGUGGCAAGCCUGAAGACAAACUAGGCAUCCGUGGAUCCAACACGUGCGAAGUGUCCUUUGACAGCACCCCAGUGCCGGUGGAGAAUGUUAUAGGAGAAGUUGGAGCUGGAUUUAAGGUAGCAAUGAAUAUCCUGAAUUCGGGCAGGUUCAGUAUGGGCAGUGCAGGUGCUGGAAUGAUAAAGAAGCUGAUAGAGUUGACGGCAGAGUAUGCUGGUACAAGGAAGCAGUUUAACAAGAAACUGAGUGAAUUCGGAAUGAUUCAAGAGAAGUUUGCAGUGAUGGCCCAGAAUGCCUUUGUGAUGGAGAGCAUGGCCUACCUGACAGCAGGCAUGAUGGAUCGGCCUGGGGUUCCAGACUGUUCUCUGGAGGCUGCCAUGGUCAAGGUGUUCAGCUCGGAAGGGGGCUGGGUGUGUGUGAGUGAGGCUCUACAGGUACUGGGAGGCCUGGGGUACACCAAGAACUACCCAUACGAGCGAUAUCUGAGGGACUGUCGUAUCCUGCUCAUCUUUGAGGGGACCAAUGAGAUCUUGAGGAUGUACAUUGCUCUCACUGGGAUGCAGUAUGCUGGCAAAAUCCUGACCGGGAAAAUAAAAGAGCUGAAGAAGGGCAACGUUGGUGUGGUUGCGGAUAUGGUGGGGAAGAGGCUGAGAGAGUUUGCAAACAUGCCCAGGGACAUGGGCCUUACUGGGGCUGAUGGAGUGGUGCACCCCAGUCUUACGGAAAGUACAAAGAAGCUUGAACAAAGCGUUAUGUUUUUUGGUAACACAGUGGAGAGCUUACUAUACAGAUACGGGAAGACUCUAGUUGACGAGCAGCUGGUCCUGAAGCGUGUAGCAGACAUCCUCAUCAACCUGUACGCCAUGACAGCCGUUCUGUCCAGAACCAGCCGCUCCAUUAGGAUUGGCCUGAAGAACCACGACCACGAGGUUCUGCUCACAAACACUUUCUGCACAGAAGCUUUUCACAAAAACAAUUACUUGAUGUUCCAGCUCCAGAAAAAUAGUCCAGAGAACAACGAUGCCAACAUCAAGAAGAUAGCUCAGGCUGUUUUGGAGCAGAGGGCAUACAUCUGCUCUCACCCUCUGGACAGAACCUUCUGAGGCCUCACCCAGGAGCUCCCUGGCUCCGCCCCCUGUCUUCUGAUUGGGUGGAGUGGGAUGCCAAUAUUGCACUAAUCCAGUUGUGCACGUGCCCUAACUCAGUUGUAUACGAAAUAUAUGUAAUGUUAAUUAAAUUAUGUAUAUAACAUGUAUUACAUCCAUGAUUUGCUCAUUGUUCUAAGAAUUCUACUGACAAUGGAGAGGUGGAAUUAACUUGUAUAAUAUAUUGGGGUGAACACAUGUUGAACACAGUGUUGUUCAAAGGGCUUUUUAUCCUGAGUACUGAGAUACUGAUCUUGCACAUGCCUUUACGUGAUUGUGGAAGUGGAUGUUCCUCAGUGGACAUGCAGGGUGACAUCCUUGUGAGUUCUGGUCUCUACGAUGUUGCUGCUGUUCUGGGGCAGGACAGGUGUGGACAGUGCUCUGCUGCUGGGGGCUGCUUUCUGGAAGAGAUGCACACCCUUCUCUUCCUCGGUUAGGCCCACAAUUGCCCUCUUGUGCUGGAAAGUGUGUGGCCUCCAGAACUCUCUGCAAUAAUCAACAAGAAAAAUAAAUCAUACUUUUAUAUGAACAACUAUU